GCGGUAGUCGUAGUCGUCAUGCCUCGCCCACGCAAAAUCAACGUUCGGAGAGGUAGGGAAAAUGGGCAGCUUCCAGACCAAAGGAUCUACCAACUAAAACUUAAAACUUUCAGAACAACAGAGCGUCGUCAUCGUCCCGUUUAUGAUAUUGAUAAUAUUGUUAUACCCUAUAGUAUUGCGGCCCAAACGAAAGUGGAGAUACUGCCCUACAAAGAGAUACCCACACCCAAAUGGCGCGUUGUCGACAGCGAGACUGAUAACACACCAGUACAACCAGCAGCAUCAUCAUCUGAUGAUUCAGCAGCAACAGCACCACCAGCAGCAACACCAACAACACCAGCACCAGCACCACCACCACCACAGAUCAAAGCCGGUGGCAAUGGCAUUGUGCCAGCGGCAGCAGCAGCGUUAAAUGAGCAAAAGCCGCAGCCACAACCACAACCACAGCCACAGGCACAGCCAGUGCUGCUGCCUGGGCAACCUUUAAAGGUGAAUGGCUUGAAGAAGUUACAGCAGAAGACCAAGCACAAAAUAAACAAUAAUAACAACAAUGGACUGGUGAAUGGUAAUGCCAAGAAGGAGAAGGAUGUUCUCCAGCAGGCAGAGGCUAGUGAGAAGAAGGAUAUUCCCCCAAAGGAGCUGGAGAGCGCGAAGGAGGCUGUCGUCCAGGGGCUGGCUGUGCAGGCGGAGGCUAAUGAUAAGAAUGAUAUCCUGUCAGCUGUCGGCUUGGAGAACGAUGCCCAGUCAUCGUCAGCCGCUGAUAAAAAAGAUAUCCAGUCCUCAGAUGCUGAGAAAAAAGUUAUCUCUUUACCAGCCAACGACCAAAAGGACAUCCAGUCCACAGCCAGCGAUCAAAAGGACAUCCAGUCCACAGCCAGCGAUCAAAAGGACAUCCAGUCCACAGCCAACGAUACGAAGGACAUCCUCCCAUCAGCAGCCAGCAGAAAAAAGGCUUCCAGGGCCAAGAAAAAGGGUCUCAAAAGAAAGAAGCAUAGGCCCAAUGGGAAAAUCGAAAAGGCAACAGCAACUACAACAAAAGAAGCUGCCGUUGCCGUUGCCGCUGCCCCUUCCACUUCCGUUGAUGCUGCUGCAAUAAAGGGCGAAACUAAAAGCAAACCCCAUUUGAUUGAAGGUGUCCGCAUCGCCACGGUGGAGCCAAUGGCCAAGCGGCCCAAACUACAGCUGGCCAAGACCGGAGAGGGCGACAAACCCAAAACGAAUGCCGGCCAAGCAAUAGCGCCUAUCGUACAACUGGAUCCGGAGGAGGACGAGGAAGAUGAGGACACCUCCGACGAGGCGUACAUUGUGCGACAUCAGCUUGCCCUGAUCGAGGAGCGGCAACGCUUCGAGACGUAUCUCAAGUUUCCGUGGAGCACGCGACCCCGAGCCAAUCGCCGGAUAGACAGUCGCGCCGAAUCGAGCGGCGCCAAUACGCCGGAUUCGGCCUCGCCAGCUCCACAUCUGGCUGGUGGUGCGGGAGCCGGCGAUAACGAGAGCAUACCCUCGCCGUUGGCCCAGCCAUUGGAGGGUUUCAACGAGAACGGCGAGAUGUUGGGGGCGACGUCACGACCGCAGUCACGCCGCAGAACCACGUCCAGCAAGCUUAAGGAUCAGGCGGAACGCCGCAGUGCCACGCCGGACAUAAAAGAUACUUUUGUGGAGCCAUCACCCUUCGAGCCGCUGAUCUUUCCUCUGUCCGAGGAGGUCUACCAGAAGAUGCUGGCCGAGCGCUAUGCCCCGCCCAAGUAUGAGGUGCUGAAGCCGGAGGUGAAGCGCACCAAGAGCAAGUCCACAUCCUCCAAUGGGGAUGGGGGAUCAACGGGUGCUGGGAAGAGCAAACGACGCAGCAGCAGCAAGUCGAAGAGCAAGCUAGUCAAUGGUCAGCAAAAUGGCCAUCCAACGGCGGAUGCUGCUGGGAAGGCGGCGUCAGCAUCCAGAGCGGGCAAGGCAAAGAUCAAUGGCGGUGGCGGCCUUGAGGAGGAGUUGGAGGAGGAAAUGGACGAUGGCGUGGACUACGACCCAGAGCCGGAGGAUAUUCUGUGGGAGGAGCUGGAAGAGGACUAUCCCAAGCAUCAUUUGGCACCGCUCGAUGAUGACGAAAUGCUUAAUGGCCCUGACGAUCUCUACAACUCUGCGAUCGAUUCUUAUUUGGAUGAUCCGGAGGCCCUAGAGGAGGACAUGGCCGAUGAUCCGUUUGGCGACGAUGACCCCAAUGAUCCGGAAUGGAAGACCCGUAGCGAUGGAUCGCGCAAGCGUCUCUAAAAAAGCCAACCCAAAAUCCAAAGCAAAUAACUUUUCAUUCUCCAUAUUUAAAAGCAAAAGAAGAUAUUUUAUCAAUUUUAAACAGAACACACACACAAUCCACACCCACACCCACAGAUGAGAUGACAUGGAGCUAUCGAGUAUUUUAAUUUGUUUUAAAAUAUGUUUUUUGUUGGUUUUGCCGAGUUUGUUGUCGUCCCCGCUGGGCUGAUGACCGACAGCAUAGCAAGGCGUACUCUACUCUUAAACAGUCUUCUAAGUUAUUUAGUUCUACGACAGACACGACA